AUGUAUCAGUUUUCUCUGAUAAUGCUUAUGUUUGAUGCUGUAAGGUCCGACCAUCCUAAUGUUGUAUUCACAAGCAUGGAAGAAAUCAUGACUCUGCUCAUUGAAGAAAGUGAUGAAAUCUCAAUGGAGCUUCUUCAGCCCCUUCUUGAUAGCCUCAGAAAGGAAAAUCAGAUAUACUGUACAGACUGUUCACCUAUCUCGUCAAAGUUGGGAGAGAAGGGCCUGAAAGAAUGUGCUUCCAACGUUAGACCUUGUCUUUUAGAAGCCCUCAAGUCAAAAAGCAUGAACCUUGAUGAUUAUGCCGAAAUAGUUGCUGCAAUAUGCAAUGAAGUGCCUGAGGGAGAACAAAUGACAGAAAAUAAAAAUGUGACCAAUGCUGUGUAUCCUGUGAAAGUUGCUUUUCCAUCUGCUGCUGUUAUCUGUGAGACACUGCUGGAGGAUGGGACUCCUUCAGAUAUUAAGGGCGCCUCUUCGAAAAAGGUUAAGAAGAAAGAGAGCAGGGAAAAUAAGGAUGCUCACCUGGGAGUGUUGGUUCCAGAAGGCGAUGUUCUGCAAUCUCAAGAUAAGAGAAACAGAUCGUGUAAGGGCACAGCAUGUAACAAAAGAAAACCAAGUCAGCGCUCAAGGAAGAGCGGGUCUGUUCAGAAAGGUGAUGUGCACACCACUUCUGGUCUUAACAUUGAUUCUAAAAAGCGUCACUUCACCAAAAAUUAUGGAGAAGAAGUGGUUGGUACCAGAAUAAGAGUUUGGUGGCCAUUGGACAAAGUGUUCUAUGAGGGUGCAAUUUCUACAUUUGAUCCUGUGAAAAAGAAGCAUGAGAUCUUAAAUGAUGAUGGUGUAAUUGAAAACUUGAAUCUGAGUAAGGAACGCUGGGAGAUAGUUGAAGACAAUCCAUCCGAUAAGAAGCAUGAAGCAGAUCUUCAAUGCUUUGCUAUUUCAUCCGUUCCAUCCACGAAGAAGAAAGCAAAAGGAACCUCCUCAACAAAAAAGGAAUCCGGAGUCUCUUCAUCCAAAAGGUUGUUCUUUUGCUGUUGUACACUUUUCCUUGCGGUAUUGCUCUCUGAACUGAAUGGUCUGAGGGUUUUGACAAGCAAGCUUUCUAUCUUCAGGUCUAAAAGAAAUGCCCAAAAGAGUGACAUUGAAUCCCUGGAUAUUCCAAUUCAGCAUAAGACGAAUGAUGCUAUUGAUGUUGGUUGCGAAACGAGCAUGGGGGAAAAAGAAGUUGUGGACAAGGAAGAUAAUUAUAUCACACUGAAGCAGAGAUCCAAGACUUGCCAAGUUACCUUAGAGAGCUCAUCGAAGCUUGAAGACCAUCCAUCUGACAAGUCCUUUUGGAUGCAAUAUGUACAGAAGCAUGAAGCAGCUCCUCAAAGCAAUGAUGUUUCAUCUGUUCCAUCCGCGAAGAAGAAAGCAAAAAGAACCUCCUCGACAAAAAAGGAAUCUGGAUCCUUUUGGAUGCAAUAUGUACAGAAGCAUGAAGCAGCUCCUCAAAGCAAUGAUGUUUCAUCUGUUCCGUUUUCUAUCUUCAAGUCUAAAAGAAAUGUCCAACAGAGUGACAUUUUAUCCCUGGAUCUUCCAAUUCCAGAUAAGAUGAAUGAUGGUGCUGAUAAGCAUGAAUCAGAUCUUCAAAGCAAUGAUGUUUCAUCUGUUCCAUCGAUGAAGAAGAAAGCAAAAAGAACCUCAACAAAAAGGGAACCUGGAAUCUCUUCAUCCAAAAGGUUGAAAAGAAAUGCCCAAAAGGGUGAUAUUGAAUCCUGGGAUGUUCCAACUCCAAAUAAGAUGAAAGAUGCAUAUGAUGUUGGUUGUGAAAUGAGCAGUGGGAAGAAAGAUCUUGUGGACAAGCAAGAUAACAUGAUCAGAUAA